AUGAAGAAAGGUUCAAUAACGCUGAAAAACACAAAGGCUAAUAUAAAGGCGACUCGUCCUCAGAAAUCGUCGAAAGCGAGUAACAAUCCCUCGGAAUCUGCUAGCGGUGAAGCAGAGAGCAGUGGGGAGGAGCUUGACUUGAGCGAUGCAGAAGCUCAGAAAUCCGACUCUGUUUCGGAUCAGGAACAAGAUAGCGAUGACAGUAAUGACAGCGAAAGAGAGCGUGACUCGGACAGUGAGGAGGAAUUUUCCGAUAGUGACGAAGACGAAGAUGACGAGAUACCCCAACUGAAGAAGAGAAAGGGAAACCCGGAUGAUGGAUCAGAGCAGUUUUCCACGGCAGUCAACGCCCUUUUGGGAACUCAUUUGAAGGCAUACGACAGAAAAGACCCAAUUUUGGCAAGAUCCAAGAGCCAAAUCAAGAAGUUUGAAACCGAAAAACUGGAGUUGAAAGCCCGUAAGGCGCUGUUAGCUGAGAAGAAGCAAAGGCUGACCAAAGAUAGGGUAAGAGACCUUUUCCCAAAAGACGAUGCUUCCGCUAGAUUCGUCAUUGAGCGCGAAAAGAGGUACAAGAAGACUGCUCAGAGAGGUGUGAUCAAGCUGUUUAAUGCCGUGUUGGCGACACAGACACAGACUGCCAACGUUAUAUCGAAAGAGAAGAUAAUUGGUGAUAUAAAGAAGGAUGAGCUGAUUACCGAGCUCUCGAAGGAAAAGUUCUUGGAUCUUAUUCAGGAAGCUGGAAAGAACUGA